ACCGCCGUCACUAAUUAAUUAGUUGUCAAUUGUCAAGUCAAUGUGAUGAGUAUGGUGAUUCGAGGAAAACAUAUCUUUUAAUUCAGUAAUUUCCUCUUUGCAAAUUGCUCUAAAGGUAUGCCGUUUGGUGAUGAACUAGAAAACCAAAAUCCUACACUAUACGUGAAAACAGCAGACAGAAGUGUGACUGAGGAAGAAUAUGAUGACUCUAUUGUAGAUCCUUUUGAUCAACGGGAAAUAUUUGAUUUAAUUAGAAACAUCAAUGACCCAGAACACCCUUUAACAUUGGAAGAACUUCAUGUCGUGCAACAAGAUUUGAUUACUAUUCAAAAUGAAAAAAAUUACAUCCACGUCAGUUUCACUCCCACAAUUCCUCAUUGUAGCAUGGCUACAUUGAUUGGCUUAUCCAUAAGAGUGAAGUUAUUGAGGUGUCUGCCUUCCAGAUUCAAAGUUAAAGUGGAAGUUACUCCUGGAACUCACAACUCAGAAAGUCAAGUAAAUAAGCAACUGGCCGAUAAGGAACGAGUGGCUGCUGCCCUAGAGAACUCACAUUUAAUCAAGAUUAUUAAUCAGUGUAUUGAAAGCAGAAAACGAGGUUAAUUAGUAAUCAUCAAAAUGGUCAAAAGGGAUCCCUCAUUAAUAUCAUCGCAAAGUGAUAUAAACUCUGCCUACCAUAAAAUCCAUCGGUAUUUUAGGAGAUUGUUUAAAUUUGAACAGAUGGACUUUCAAUUCGCAUUGUGGCAAAUGUUUUAUCUGUUAGCAGCUCCCCAGAAGCUGACGAAAGUGUUCCGGGCGCGAAAAAAUUUCAAGUCUCAAUACGCACGUGACGAUCCAGCUUUCUUAAUACUUUUCGCUGGUGCUCUGUGCUUGACCUCGAUUGGUUUUGCGCUCACUCUCGAUUAUAGCUUUCUUCAAUUUACCAAAUUCCUUGUCAUAGAAAUUUUUAUCGAUUGUAUAGGAAUAGGUGUUGUUAUUGCAACGGCGCUAUGGUACAUCACCAAUAAGUUUUUAAAGCCGAAAAAUAUGCCUCAAGAUGUCGAGUGGGGUUUUGCUUUCGAUAUUCACCUAAACGCAUUUUUCCCACCUUUGAUUUUGUUGCACUUUUUCUUAUUAAUUUUCUAUAAUUUGUUUAUGCAAGAGAGCGGCACGAGCCAACCAUUUGCCGUGUUCUAUGGAAAUGCGUUUUGGUUAGCAGCGGCUGUUUAUUAUGUAUACAUUACCUUCCUAGGUUAUAAUUCCAUGCAGAUAUUAAAACAUAUUAAUUUAUUUUUAAUACCUAUUCCUACCCUGAUUUGUAUAUACUUGCUAACUCUGUUUCGCGGCAUUAAUAUUUCUAUAAGCGUCUUUGACAUGUACAGGCAGAGAAUUGUGUAAGACUUUGUUAAGCUAAAAGUAAUAAAAUAUGCUACUGGUA